AUGCGGUGGUGUCUGGUCCCGGCUGGUUCGAUUCGCCACCUGCUGCAGCUGGGAUUGGGGCGGCUCGGCGUGGUGCUGGGUUUCCCCCGCGUCUGCCUUCCCGGUCUCCUUCCUCCUCCUCAGCUUCAUCAUACUCCACUCUUCGAGUUAAGGCGCGGCGUGCUUCCCUCUGGAAGCCAUUCUCCGGUCCGCCUCCCUUCCCAGUCCGGCCUCCUCGUCCGUCGCCUCGUCCGCCUCGCGAUGCCGGUGUCGAUAGGCGACGACUAUUCGUAUUCGCCACGGCCCUUUGUCGUGGCGUCUGCUGCUGUUGCCCUUCCGACCGUGUCGGCCCCGGCUCAGGCGGCUGUGGCGAUGCCACCUCUUCCCGCGCCUCGAUCGGCGCCGUCGUCCGUGACUCCGGCCGGCCCUGUCCUUGCGCCUGCUGCGGCGCCGUUUCCCGUCGCGGCGUUGUUGUCUGCGCCUGCCGUGGCGUCUGGUCCUGCACACGUGCCGUCGCCCGCUCCCGCGCUCGCCUCGGCGUCUGCUCCUGCGCCUGCUCCUGCGACGGUCGCGGCGUCUGAACCUGCGCGUCCUCCGGUGCCUGCGCCGGUGGCUCCUCCUGUCCCCGUGGAGGUGUCUGCGCCUGCGCCAGCUGUCGCGGCGACGACUGCGGCUGUUGGAGCGGGCGCCGUGCCGCCACCGGAAGCGCCUGCCGAGGCACCUUCUGCUGCUGCUGCGGACCCGUCUUACCGGCCACCUCCAGCCACCAGCGCCGGCCUGAGCUUGGCGGAGGUUCAGUCGACGCGCGUGGCGCCUCCGAAUGCUCCGUCCGGGCAGCCUCGACGUCCCCAAUCACCUGGCCGCCGUCAGUCCCGUCCACAUUCUCCCUUCCCGCAUAAUGAGCGGGAAUCGUCGCGGCGCCGGCAGGAUUCCCCUCGUGGCCGCCGGUCCCAAGGGAAGUGGACCGCGCGCCGCGGCGGUCGUGGUGGCUGGUGGGGAGGUCGCGGCUAUGGUCGUGGCGCUGCCCCAGAGGAGCCCCCGAUGACUCCGGCGGAGAUCCGCCAGCUUGUAACUGCAGCGGUGCGCGACGCCCGGGCUGACGCGGCUGGCCCAGGUUCCCCGCACCGUGCGGCGCCACUUCCUGGCAUUUCGUCUCCAGCCGUCCGUCCUGCCGCCGAUCACCAACCCGCUCCUCCUCCUCGUGCUGUUCCCCAGUUUCGGGCGCAGGAUCCCUCUCGCGCUGCCGGGGUUGUGCCACUCCCAGUCCUGGCGGGGCCGCCCCUUCCUCCGCAGGCGCGUGUUCCUGAGGCGACUUUGGGGCAGUUGUGGCGCCUCUCGGAGAGCCUUCGGGCGCUCCUUCUGGUGCAGGUGACUGCACAUGCUUCUCUCCCGCCCGUCCCCGCAGAGUCCCUUCUUGACGGCCCGCGGGAUGACUGCAUGGACGCUGCGGACCAGCUUGCUCUGCUCCUGGCGCCCGUGUUGGCUGCGCCCGCGCGGGGAGGCGUCGCGGCUGUGGGACAACUUGAUGCUGCUGUCCGGGGCCUGCGGAGGGACUUGCGUGCUGGCUCAGGGGCCGACGCGAUCGCAGCAAGUACCUUGGUGGUCCGCGAGGUGUGGCGGACUCUGAGUGGCCUCCUUGCUGCUCUUGAGGCGGAUCGGAUGUAG